UAAGACGAGUCGACGAGUGGUCAAGCUUUUCUCCCCUUCUUCUCCUUCAUCUUCUCCACCACACUCCGGUCUCCGGCGCGGCGCAGAGAGGAGGAGGAGGAAUCGAGGAAGAAGAAGAAGAUGCCUUGCCUGAACGUGUCGACGAACGUGAACCUGGACGGGGUGGACACCUCCGCCGUCCUCGCCGACGCCUCCAGCGCCGUCGCCACCAUCAUCGGCAAGCCGGAGGCCUACGUGAUGGUUGUUCUCAAGGGCUCAGUGCCCAUGGCAUUUGGGGGCACCCAGGAGCCCGCGGCCUACGGCGAGCUGGUCUCCAUCGGAGGUCUGAGCCCCGACGUGAACAAGAAGCUGAGUGCCGGCAUCGCUGCCAUCCUGGAGUCGAAGCUGUCCAUCCCCAAGUCCCGCUUCUACCUCAAGUUCCACGACUCAAAGGCCUACCCUGCACAAGAGCACGGGCAAUGUUUGCAUGCUUUGCAUCAAGAGUAGAUCAUCGCUCCGACUUUGGAUGGAACGGAACCACCUUUUAGGCGAUGCCGGGAGCUUGAGAAUUCAUCCUAAUAUAUAGUAUCUUGCUCAUCAUCGCCUAUUUUGAGGCUGAAACUGCCGUCAGUAAGAUUUGUCAGUUUGCAAUGGCUAGUAGCGUCUCUGAAUGCUGUGUUUGUGUGUGCGCUUGGUAUCCUUGUGUGAAGAAGAACUAGUAGUGGUUUUGCUUAAAAGACGUGAAGCCACCGAAUCCUUUUCUUGGUGGUUUGGUUUAAAAGAGUUGCAAAUGUGCUUAAAUUUUG